AUGCCACCAAAUGCCACAGCAAAUACACAAUCGAUAACCAACUCUUUGGUUAACGGAGAUGGUGAUGAUGCGAAAUCACUGACUGAUAACUCCACAGGUGUACUCUUCGAACAGGAUGCAGAAACCUAUGAUGGUGGCCUUGUGAAGGACAUUGAAAAAUUUAAAAAAGCCGAAAAACGAAGACUCAAGCUUGUUUGGAGAAAUAUAAUCGUAUUCGUCUACGUACAUCUAGCUGCUGUAUAUGGUCUAUGGCUAAUGAUGACAUCGGCCAAAUGGCAAACUAUAACUUGCGCCAUCUUGUUAUAUGUUAUCUCCGGGCUGGGUAUUACCGCGGGUGCACAUCGCCUUUGGGCUCAUCGCUCCUAUAAAGCGAAAUGGCCACUGCGCGUUAUUCUAAUGAUUUUCAACACGAUCGCCUUCCAGGAUGCUGCCUACCAUUGGGCACGUGACCAUCGUGUGCAUCACAAAUAUUCGGAAACGGAUGCUGACCCACAUAAUGCCACUCGCGGUUUCUUUUUCUCACACAUCGGCUGGCUAUUGUGCAAGAAACACCCUCAAGUCAAAGCCAAAGGUAAAGGAAUGGACUUGUCCGAUCUACGCGCCGAUUCGGUUUUGAUGUUCCAAAAAAAAUAUUAUAUGAUUUUGAUGCCACUUCUAUGUUUUUUGAUACCAACUCUGAUUCCGAUGUAUGCUUGGAAUGAAAAAUUCUUAAAUUCAUGGUUUGUCGUUGCUAUGUUCCGUUGGUGUUUCACCUUAAAUGUAACUUGGUUGGUUAAUAGCGCAGCCCACAAAUUUGGUGGUAAACCCUAUGACAGAUUUAUCAAUCCAUCCGAAAAUAAAUCAGUAGCUCUUUUCGCAUUCGGUGAAGGCUGGCACAACUAUCAUCAUGUAUUCCCCUGGGAUUACAAGACCGCUGAACUUGGUGAUUAUUCGCUGAAUUUAACCACGGCUUUCAUUGACUUCUUCGCCAAAAUCGGUUGGGCAUACGAUCUAAAGCAGGUGUCUCAUGACAUUAUCGAAAAGCGUGUUAAACGUACGGGCGAUGGUACACACGCCACUUGGGGUUGGGGCGAUAAGGAUCAAUCCAAAGAAGAAAUGGCGGAUGCGUUAAUUACACACAAAAAAGCUGAAUAAAAUAUAUACGGUACGUCCAGCAACGAGCGGCAGAUCAAAGUGAGCGUGUGUGUAUGUGAGAAGAUAUUUAGUGUGGGUGAAAUAUCAGCGAAACUAAUAGGGAGUGGCUGCUGGAGUAGUCAUCUCUUAGGUAAUAGUAAUACAAAACCUGUAUAUGAAUAAUGUAGUGUUGUGUGUGGAGUUUUCAAACAAUAUCGUACAAACAAUAUGACAUGCCGUCAAAGAGCUUAACAAGAUACGUUUUGGUUUUUGCAAUGUAAACUAAUAAAUUAUAAACUAGCAGAUAAAUUUCUUUUAUACAUACAAAGAUAUGUAUGAGCACUUGAAAAUUGUAUUAAUUAUUUUUUUCCAUAACGUGUCUUGAAAGGUAAUAAUUAUACCGAGGGUCUCAUGUUCCCAGAAUUGUAUGCUAGCACAUAAGUAUGUAAAAUAAGUAAGGCAAUCGCCUCCAGAAAUAGCGUACCUAUAUGCUUAACGAAUAUCUGAUGCAGUCGUACCCACUAGUGAUACCAUAUAAUUAGAAAAUAGAAGCGAAUUAAUUUAGAAUCAAAAUAAAAAUCGCCAGUUUAUUACUAAGUUCAAAUUCUGUAUUGCAUAAAUGAAUAUGAAAUGUUUAUAAAACUUUUAAAUGCAACAGGUGAAUUAAUGAUAGUUAAAGCGCUAAACACCACACAGCACACGCUAUUUAAAAACUACCAAAACAUGGGGUUAUUAGUAUUCAUAAAUAAAAACAGAAAAUAUUAUACAAAAUAUGUUAUUUCUAAAAAAUAUUAAUAUAAAAUAUUACAUAUAAAUUGUUGAGUAAUACUAAAAAAAAAAAUACAAACGACUAUUUUUUAGCAUUCUUAAAGUGA